AUAUGGAGGCCACAGGGACAGAUGAAGUGGAAAAGCUAAAAUCCAAGUUUAUGUCUGCAUGGCACAACAUGAAAUACAGUUGGGUAUUGAAAACAAAAACAUACUUUAGCAGAAAUUCUGCUGUCUUCUUGCUGGGAAAAUGUUACCAUUUCAAGUCUGAUGAACCCAGUGAACUCUCUCCAGAUGGAUCCUGCUUGGAUAUAGUCGACAAAGUCAUUUCUGGAAACGUAGAAGAGUUUCGUAAAGAUUUUAUUUCUAGAAUAUGGUUGACUUACAGAGAGGAUUUUCCUCAGAUAAAAGAAUCUGCUUUCACAACAGACUGCGGUUGGAGUUGUACACUGAGAACUGGCCAGAUGCUGCUGGCUCAAGGGCUUGUGCUUCAUUUUCUUGGUAGAGCCUGGACCUGGCCGGGUGCACUGAACAUUGAAAAUUCAGACUCUGAAUCAUGGACAAGCCACACAGUAAAAAAGCUGACUGCAUCAUUUGAAGCAUCACUUACGGGGGAGAGAGAACCCAAGGUCCUGUCAAACGAUCAUAAGGAAGCACUAAAGAGAGACUGUGAUGACAGUGAAAUGAGAGAUGAAGUUUAUCAUAGAAAAAUAAUCUCUUGGUUUGGAGAUUCUCCACCCGCAUCUUUUGGCUUGCAUCAGCUAAUAGAAUACGGAAAGAAGUCUGGGAAAACAGCUGGAGACUGGUAUGGGCCUGCUGUAGUAGCACACAUUUUAAGAAAAGCUGUUGAAGAAGCAAGAGACCCUGAGUUACAAGGGAUAACUAUCUAUGUUGCUCAGGACUGUACAGUUUACAGUUUGGAUGUUGUUGAUAGACAGUGCUCUUCUAUGGGCUCUGAAAAAGCAGAUAUGAAAGCUGUAAUUAUAUUAGUUCCUGUAAGACUUGGUGGAGAGAGAACCAACAUGGACUACUUGGAGUUUGUAAAGGGAAUUUUGAGUCUUGAAUACUGUGUCGGUGUUAUUGGUGGGAAACCUAAGCAGUCAUAUUACUUUGCAGGAUUUCAAGAUGACAGUUUGAUUUACAUGGAUCCUCAUUACUGCCAAUCUUUUGUAGAUGUCAGCAUAAAGGAUUUCCCUCUUGAGUCAUUUCACUGUCCUUCCCCCAAAAAGAUGUCAUUCAAAAACAUGGAUCCUAGCUGUACAAUAGGAUUUUAUUGUAGAAACAUGCAAGACUUUGAAAGAAUUUCUGAAGAAAUAACUAAGAUGCUGAAAUCUUCAUCUAAGGAGAAAUAUCCCUUGUUUACUUUUGUAAAGGGUCAUUCUAGAGACUAUGACUUUGCCUCCAGUCCACUCCAUGAAGAAAAUGACCUUUUCUCCGAGGAGGAAAAGAAAAGAUUAAAAAGAUUUAGUACAGAAGAGUUUGUCUUGCUUUAAGGAUAUUUUACAGUAGGGUAUUGGCAGCUGUCCAGGAGAACACUUGCCCUUUAAAAAAAAUCACACAACACAAGGCAAGCAAUAUUGAAAUUGAUCUAUUUUCAUAAAGAUUAUAAUGUCGUAUAUGUUUGGUCUUUAAAAUGUCACUUAUAAAUGUAAUUAAUUAUUUUUGUUUGUUCAUUGAUAGUUGGAUGAAUAUAAUGACACUUUUUGCUAGUGAAGACAGACAGCAUUGUUUAGAGCCAGACACAAUAUAGCGUGGAUAGGUACCAUACAUGCCCUCCUUGAUAGCUCUGCCAAUGAGCCUAAGUCUUGACCUGCAGUCCCCACUGCUGUUCCAGUCCUGAACAGUCUGCCA